UCAUUUUCCCUCUCCCUUUGAGAACUCAAUUAUCUUCAUCUUAAUUUCAAUUUAUCUUCCAUCAACCUCAAGUCAUAUCUAGAAUGUCAAGAGAAAGGGAGAGAUUAGAUGAGAUGGGAAAGAAGUUAAAGACAGAGAUAGAUAUUUCACAGCUACAAAUGCAACAACAAAUGGGAAGAAGACACGUGUUGGGACCUGUUGGGGGAGGAACAACAUUGAACAAUGUUACACCUUGUGCUGCUUGUAAACUUUUAAGAAGAAGAUGUGCUGAGGAAUGCCCUUUUUCUCCAUAUUUUUCCCCACAUGAACCUCACAAAUUUGCUGCUGUUCAUAAAGUAUUUGGGGCAAGCAAUGUCUCCAAAUUGCUCAUGGAGGUGCCUGUGGGACAAAGGGCAGAUGCAGCAAAUAGUUUGGUAUAUGAAGCAAAUGUGAGGCUAAGAGAUCCAGUGUAUGGAUGCAUGGGUGCAAUUUCAACUCUACAACAACAAAUUCAAAAUUUACAAGUUGAGCUUAAUACAAUUAGGGCUGAAAUAUUGAGAUACAAAUAUAGAGAAGCUACUAAUAGUCUUAUUGCUUCUAUUUCCACCUCUGUGGCACCUGAGCUACCACAAGCUCCUCCUACUCCGCCACCACCACCACCACCACCCUCCGUGGUGGUGGUUUCGUCAUCAUCUUCUUCUGCUUCAUCAACUUCUUCUAAUUUAUACACACCGGCCUCGUCUAGUGUGGCAAACUUUAGUGCCAUUACUAAUAAUAACAUAUCGUAUUUUGAUCAGCAAUAGUCAUACGUCACAUAAAAUGAAACAGAUCAGACUAUUGAAGGAAAAAUAUUUGGAGGAUUUUUAGUUCACUUUUUUCUUUUAAUUUUCAAAAUUGUCAUUGCUAAGAGAAUUUUAUUAUAUAUACAUACUAUAUUGUAUCUCCAAUUAUGAUAAUUACAGCUAGCUUGA